UUUACGUAAGAGGGGCGGAAAAACUCACUAUUAACCGGUGGGUGGGGCCUAUAUGCACACUAACUAUAGUAGUUAACAAUAUGGGCUGGACCAUUCUAUUAAACUAGUGGUUGAUUAUGGUAUAUCUAACCACAGUAUUGCUCCGGAAUUGCCCUUUCGCCUGUGGAAAGACGCAAAUUUGACCGAUUGUCAAUCGUUCCUAACACUAUGGCAACGUCUGGUAGCGGUUAUGGCUCAGGUCUGCAGAGAACCUCAACAACAAUAGAGUUGUAGUUGUGUCUAGAAACACUCCUUGAGACACAUGGUAGGUGUUUCCUGCUCAGGCUAUGUGGUGGAAAAUUUCAUAAAUAGCUGCAACAUUUCCACUCGAAUGUUUUGGGAAGUAGAACAGAAAUGGAAAAGGAUAAGAAGAUCCAAAUUAGGGUAAUGGAAGUGAAGAGGACGGAGUUAGCAGAGCGGUUGGGGGAUGCCCAUAUUUCCAUAUUGCCUAGGAAAAACUUGAUUAUAUUAUUGUGUUCAAUGUCGUUGACGUUGAUGCUUUCAUUUGCAGACCAAACUGGGGUCACCAUUGGGCUCUCGACUAUUGGUAAGGACCUUCAUUGUGAAACAACAAUCAACUGGGCUGGAACCGCUUCGUUGUUGUCUAACUGUGUGUGUCAGAUUUUGUUUGGUAGAUUGUCAGACAUCUUUGGCAGAAAGCACGUUAUGAUCGUCUGCUUGUUUAUCUUAUCAAUUGCAGACUUAUGCUGUGGGUUCGCCCAAACAGGAAUUCAAUUUUUCAUUUUCAGGGCUUUUGCAGGAAUAGGAAAUGGUGCUGUCAGCUCAUUAUCAAUGGUGAUAUUGAGUGACGUGGUAACCUUAGAACAAAGAGGAAAGUACCAAGGGAUUUUGGGUGCAAGUGUUGGAGUAGGCAAUGCGAUUGGUCCCUUUAUAAUGGCAGGGUUCAUCAAGUCCUAUUCCUGGCGAGGCUUUUAUUAUUUUGUGUCACCUACCAUGAUCGCAAAUAUUGCCGUAGUGCACUUUUUGGUCAAGAAUACGAAGAAGGAGAAUCUUGAUAAUAUCUUGUCGACAAAGGAUAAACUCAAGCAGAUAGACUACUUGGGAAUUAUAACUGCUGCUAUUGGGUUGACGUUGAUAUUGGUUCCAAUAAGUGGGGGUGGCUCCACCUUUGCCUGGAACUCCCCUUUAGUCAUAGUGAUGUUCAUAGUAGGAACCUUAUCAUUAGUCGGGUUUGUGGUGAUCGAAUGGAAGAUCCCCGAGCUUCCAAUGAUUCCAUUGCAUUUAUUCAAGGUUCCUUCUUUGUGUUUGCUUUUGGCCUCGAGUUUUUUGUUCGGAAUGGCUUACUAUGGGUUUCUCUACUAUAUGCCCUAUUUUUUCAACAUCGUCAAGCAAAAGUCCGAAGUCCAAUCAGCUGUGUUUCUUGUGCCAUUGGUAUUGUGUCAAGCGGUGGGAUCGAUUAUUUCUGGCCAAAUCAUCAGUAGAACUGGGCACUAUAUUUUGACGGUCAUUGUUGGUUACUCAUUAUGGUGCUUGUCAAACGGACUUUUGAUUCUCUGGAGUAGAACCUUACCCGAAUAUGCCGAAGUUCUCAUUCUUAUUGUUAUGGGAACGGGCGUAGGCUUCACGUUCCAGCCAACGAUGGUUGCAGCCCAGGCACAGGCUAAAAAAAGCGAUCGAGCAGUGGUGAUUUCCACCAGAAAUGUCUUGAGGUCGUUUGGAGGGGCUGUAGGUAUAGCCGUUGGUUCUACCAUUGUCAGCAACUCAUUGCUCAGCGAAAUAGCCACGGAAAGAGGCUUAUCAAACUUGCCCGACGAUUAUUUGGAAUACUUGGAAUCAAACAUUUAUGCCAAAAUUGAAAUCAAAGGCUUGUCAGCUGGUCAGGUAAACCAUGUUAUCGGCAUGUAUGAAAAGGCCUUGAGAAACUACUUUUAUUUAUUGAUUCCUUUGAUAGGAGUUUGUUUGGUGUCUUCGUUUUUCAUUAAGGAUAGAGGUUUGCAGUGUAUAGAUGAGGCUGAUCAAAGGAAGAUUGUCGAGAGCUCAUCCUCUUCAGUCAGUAAUCUGUCAUGAUUGGUAUUUAUAUGAAGUUAGGUUUGUUUUAGGAUAUUGUGAAUCAGUUAAGGGAAUGGCUGUUCUUUCGUUUAUAAUUAGUAUAAUUAGUAUAAUUUAUGUUCAAG